UAGUGCUGCGUUCCGUUUUCCCCUCGUCCUCUCUUCUGCUGGUGCGCUGUUUCUCGGUCCCGUUCCGUUUCCAUCCGUCCGUCCGACCGACGACCAGUCAGCCAGCCAGCCAUCAUUAUCCAUCUUUCGUUCGAUUUCGAUCGUCGACGGACGGGGACGGUCGAAGGAGUUUUGCUGCGUGCGAAACGGUGCGUGCGUUCGUUGGGUUGUGUGUGUGCCUCGUGUAUGUGUGUCUGAUUUAUUGCAACACCUUCAGUAGCCGCAGCAGCAAGUGUGUUUUGUGUGCCCGAUUGAGCACCAGGAAGACGAAGAAGAAAGAGUAGGCGAGGAGAAGAGCGCAGCGGAUUGUGCUGAAGAUCCUUUCCUGAAAGCCAUCAUCCAGAAGGGCGCAGCCAGGCAGAGGCAGGGAUCGAUUUGUGUUGCGUGUGAUUUGAAGCCAAAACAAACCACAAAAGUGCUCCGCUGUCAGUGACGCAAGCAGACAGCAAAAUGAAUGAGUUUAUCGUGGCCGGAAAGUAUCGGAUCAUACGGAAGAUCGGUUCCGGAUCGUUCGGCGACAUCUACCUAGGCAUCAACAUUACAAAUGGCGAAGAGGUGGCACUCAAAAUGGAAAGCCUCACGGCCCGGCACCCGCAGCUGAUGUACGAGUACAAACUGUACAAGGUGCUGAUCGGCGGCGUCGGAAUCCCACACAUUCGGUACUUUGGCCAGGAACGAAACUACAAUGUAUUGGUAAUGGACCUGCUCGGACCGUCGCUGGAAGAUUUGUUCAACUUUUGCAGUCGCCAUUUUACGAUCAAAACGGUGCUUAUGCUCGUCGAUCAGACGAUCGGCCGUCUCGAAUACCUGCACAUGAAGAACUUCAUCCAUCGGGACAUCAAGCCGGAUAAUUUCCUCAUGGGCAUCGGACGGCACUGCAACAAACUCUUCAUGAUCGACUUUGGCCUGGCGAAAAAGUACCGGGACUUCCGGUCGCGCAUUCACAUCAUGUACCGCGAGGACAAAAACCUCACCGGAACGGCCCGCUACGCUUCGAUCAAUGCCCAUCUCGGCAUCGAGCAGAGCCGCCGAGACGACAUGGAAUCGCUCGGGUACGUGAUGAUGUACUUCAACCGGGGCUCGCUACCCUGGCAGGGCCUCAAGGCGACCAACAAGAAGCAAAAGUACGAAAAGAUCUCCGAGAAGAAGAUGUCCACCCCGAUCGAGGUGCUGUGUAAAGGCUUCCCGGCCGAGUUUGCAAUGUAUCUCAACUACUGUCGCAGUUUGCGAUUCGACGAGGGACCGGAUUACAUGUAUCUGAGACAACUGUUCAGAAUCCUAUUCCGCACACUAAAUCAUCAGUACGAUUACACCUUUGACUGGACGAUGCUGAAACAGCGAGGGAUCCUGAAGGGCGGCACCAAUGCACUGCCCCAUGUAGCUGGCGAGGGUGCCCGCGACGAACGGCGUGAUAAAGAUAAGCAACCAACGGAAACUGAGAAAUAGAAGUUUUAAUUUUUUAUGUAUAAAAUAUAUUACAAUUACUAAACUGAGUAAACUUAAAGAGGAAAAGGAAGAAGAAGGAACAAAAGGUGAAGCGAGAAGCGGAGCGCUGUUAUAGGAAAGGAAAGGGAAAAAAAUGAGCAGGCAGCAGCAGAUGGCGAAGAGGUGCAGAACGGAUGCAGAACCGGAUUUUUUUUUUUUCGUUAGUGGGCAACAGAGAAAGAUGAAAACUGAAGAAGCUGAAUUAGUAGUAAACACUUGUAAACGAAACGAGUGGAAUGUGGCAAAACAAAUCUUGCUGAAAUAAUAAAACAAAAAAAAAGGAAACAAAACAUUAGCAAACUCUAACUUUAAUUACAAACAAAGUAUGUAAAAUUAAAUAUAAUUAUUAGUGAUUAUGAAUAUUGGUUGGAAGGAAGUGGAAGUAGAGGCGCGUGCGUGUGUGGGUGCAUGUGAAGCGGCCACGGCAGAUGCCACGGACAGAGACGAACCACAACAAAAGAACUGCACUUCCCGUCUAUUGUUUGUGUGCAGCUGCUGCCCGCCAAUCAGCUAGCUCCACCUCGCAGUGCCACUCAAACAAUACACUACUCAUUUACACUCAUAGUCCAUCUUUCAUCUCAUGGUCUCGUUCCUCCCGUUCUCAAUAAUCGUAAGCCAAGCGCCGUCACCAACACAAUCAUACCGUCGUAUCAUCAUCGUUUAUUUUUUUCUCUCCCCGUACACAUUAGAAAAUAAUGCUGUAUUACAAAUAUUACUACUACUACUACUACUACAACAAACAGACAACAAGAACGUUUAAUGAAAAACGCUGUAACUCUUACAAGUACUAUUACAAAUAGCAUAAACAAUGAAACCAGUUUGUCUAAUGUUUCGUUUUCCGAUUCUAGCUUUUAGUUGAAACACUCAUUUUUUGUUUUGCUAUCGAUUUUUUUGUCUAUUCUGCAAAAUAAAAAAACCAAGAAUUUAACCAAUCUUUGAAGAAGAAGAAAAAAAUGAAGGAACAAUAAUAAACACAGCCAAUACAACAAAGUAAAAUAAUGCAAAACAGAGCAAAAACUGUAGAUUUAGAAAAGACCUAGGCAUUAUCAAUGCAACUGUCAAAUACAAUUGUUUUUGUCGAUUGAAAACAACAAUAACAACAACAGUGCACACUCCCUCCCUUGAAUGCGCAAUUUGUUUCCGAUUUUCUGUCGUCCCGCAACAACCCGCCGUGUCCGCCCCGUGCGAGCUUGUGUCAGUUUGCAGUCAAUUCCCCUCUGUCGUCCCCAACAUCCCAAGCAAGGGAAAUCACGUGCAGCACGCCACCUACUAUUAAUGACACACAACCACAAACACACACAUAACCUCAACCUGUCAAAUCGGGAUGUCUUUUUUUUGAUUGUUUUUAUUGUUUUCGGAUAAAAACUGUUCAAAAGUGAAUGCAAAAGUUCUCCUGUGUUAGAGUACUAGUUCUUGUACUGUCGAUAGAGUGAAAACUACUAAAAGUAUAAUCGAUCCCUUCUGCGAAUGCUGUUUCUUUGGUUUAUGUUGAAAGCGUUUUCCUUUUGUUUUACGGCGAUUAAGAUACCGCUCUCUAUGCAACAUCAAUAACAACAACAACAACAACAACAGCAAAUCUGCAAACGGUGCAUAGAGAAUUCUUGGAAGAAAAACAACACUUAUGGAAAA